AUGGCAGCCUUCAUUAAGUUUCCAAUGGAGAUUUUAUGGCACAACACAAAUAUAUGUGACUUUUUCAAAGAAGAUCUCAAGGAAGGCAACAUUUACCGUAUUUCUAACUUUCAUGUGAAAAAGUAUAAGGGAGAAGAAAACAAUAGAGCAAUUCGAACUGAGAAACACAUAUACUUUGACAACUACACAAAUCUGGUUUUAGAUAAAAGAGAUGCAAAUAUUUUCCCAAAGCAUGCUUUUGAUUUGUUUGAUCUCGCUGAUGCUUCAAAGUUUCUGACAGAUCAACGCUUUCUCAUAGAUGUGGUUGGUGUCAUAACAAACAAAUACGUGGAACGUGUUUUCUCAAAAGAUGACAAUAGCAAAUCACACAUUCGAUUUGUUAUCACUGAUGGAAGUUGUGACAUGAGGGUGACCUUCUUCAAUGACCUUGCCGAGGAACUUGAGAAACAGUUAAAAAAAACCACUGAGGAACAAGUUGUGAUUGUAAUUGCAUUUGCCAAAGUUCAGCAACAUGAGGGAUCAAUCUGUUUGAAGAACUAUCCGGCAACAAGGUUUUAUCUAAACCCUGAGCACUAUAGUGUCAACAUUUUAAAGAAAAGAUUGGUCGCUUCUUCAUCAAACAGAAAAUGUGAGGUUGUCCAACAGGUUUUUGUCGAAGAAGUGAUUGAUGACAAAAUCUACCAAAUUUCUGAGAUUAAAAAGUUCACUGCCGAAUGCAUUCAGAAAAAGUAUAAAUGCCAAGUCACUGUGAAGAAGGUCGAGGAGAAGACUAAUUGGUAUGAUAAUGUCUGUACCUCCUGUGCUGAAGAGGUGGACAUUCUUGAUGGAAGAUAUAAAUGUCUGAAUUGUAAAAGAAGUAUCCCCUUUCCCGACAAGAGAUUUCGAUUGGCUACUGUCUGCAACGACUCAAGUGGUUGUAUUGGGAUUGUGUUUCCUGAUGAAGAGAUACAAAGAAUCACCGGAAAGAAUGUUUUUGACAUUGAGAAUGACGAAUCUCAGGUUGGCGAUGCAAUAUCAUUUCCUCCCGUGCUCAAGGAAUUUGAAAAGAAAGAAUUCAUUGUUACCUUGAUCAUAGGUGAGAGCAAUGUCGAGAGCAAAAGUAAUGUUUACGUUGCUCAUUCAAUUGACGAGCCUCCUGAAAUGCUCGGAGACCACGUUCCUGGUGAAGUAACCUCUCUGACCUCCAAGCAAGACUCUAUGGCUGUGGAUUUGAAUGAAACAUUAAAUCGUGCAACUGAUAGUCCAGCAACUGAGAAGUCAACAAACAAGCAGAGGCCACGCAAGAGAACUGAACAUGUGGCAUUCAACACAGAUGAAAUUGUUACAAUGACCAAGCGUAAAAACAUCAAGAAAGACAGUGAUUAGAACCUCCAUUUUAUGGAAUCAAUGUUCAGCAGAGGAAAAUAUGCCAGCAGCUGUUAUGGGCCUUUUGUUUGAUACCUAUUUCUAUAUUCGAAUCAUUUUGGCAGACAUUAUUUUCUGCUGAACAGAGUACUCCUAUUAAUUGUUCUGCUGAACUUCUUUUGACACAAUGUUUAAGUGUAAUGUCUUUCAUACAGUGGACAAGCUCCAAUUGAAUGCGUUUCUGUGAUUUGCCAUUUCUCAUAAGUAUGUGCUGCUAUUUUCGAUUAAUGAAAGUAGCAAUAUAACAUUUAAGAAUUCCAUCUCUACAAUAAUUUCUAUACACGAUUUUGGGUACUGUUAAC